GACUCGAAAACAUAAUUGAAGUAUUUGUGGUUCAUAACAGCUCUCAUCUCUCUUCUGCGUAGAGGGAGAGAGAGCAGAAGAAGAAGAAGUGAAGAAGACGACGAUAACGUUGCGAAAACCCUAAGGAGACUACACAGUAUCCAUACCCAAUGUCUGGUGCUACCCUCCAAGCUUCUCUUCUCUUUCGCCCUUCUCCUUCCUUCCAUUUCUCCCCUUCUCCUUCCUCCAAGCGUCACCCUUCCCUCUUCUCUCUCCCCUCUUCCUCUUCUCUCUGCUUUAGCCCUCCAUCUCUCUCCCGCUUUUACCGUUUCUCUUCUAUUCUUCUCAAGUCCCGAUUUCCUCCCCUUCCUUGCACUUUGCACCCUGACAAUGUCGCUUUCGAUUCCGAUUCUCCUGUCAAGGAUCCCGACUCUCGAGAUGGUGAUUGUAACGGCGAGGUUUCGGAUUUGGCCGAGACGACGGGCUCAGUUUCUGCUGCCGAGGUGCCGGAGCCUGAUGGAUUAGAAAUUGAUAACGGAGAGGGGGAGAGCGACGGUGGAUUUGCGGCGGAGAGCGAAGGCCGAGGAGCAACAGCGGAGGAUAAAGACGAGCGCAAGAGCAAAUUUCCGGUGGUGGUGCUUCUCAUGGGGAUCUGGGCUGCGAUAAAGAGAGCUGUGGAGAAGGUGAUGGAGUGGGAGUGGCUGAGCUGGUGGCCAUUUUCGCGGCAGGAGAAGCGGCUCGAGAAACUCAUCGCGGAGGCUGAUUCCAACCCCAAGGACGCGGCGUUGCAGAGCGCUCUCUUGGCAGAGCUCAACAAGCACAGCCCUGAGGCCGCUAUCAAACGGUUUGAGCAAAGGGAACACGCAGUGGACAGCAGAGGCGUCGCUGAAUAUCUUCGAGCUCUUGUCAUUACGAAUGCCAUUUCAGAAUAUCUUCCUGAUGAACAAUCCGGAAAACAGUCUAGUCUUCCUACAUUGCUGCAAGAGCUAAGGCAGCGUGCAUCUGGCAACUUGGACGAAUCAUUUCUAAACCCCGGUAUAUCCGAAAAACAACCAUUGCACGUUGUCAUGGUUGAUCCUAAAGUUUCCAACAAAUCGAGAUUCACGCAAGAGCUUGUCUCUACAAUCUUAUUCACUGUUGCGGUUGGCGUAGUGUGGUUGAUGGGUGCAGCCGCUCUGCAAAAGUACAUUGGAAGCCUGGGAGGAAUCGGAACAUCAGGUGUUGGUUCAAGUUCUUCAUAUGCUCCAAAAGAGUUGAACAAAGAAAUAAUGCCAGAGAAGAAUGUCAAAACGUUUAAGGAUGUAAAGGGCUGUGAUGAUGCGAAACAAGAACUUGAGGAGGUGGUAGAAUAUCUGAAAAACCCAUCAAAGUUUACCCGUCUUGGAGGGAAGUUGCCAAAGGGAAUUCUUCUAACAGGUGCACCUGGUACGGGAAAGACUUUGCUGGCUAAAGCAAUUGCUGGAGAAGCUGGGGUACCUUUCUUCUACAGGGCUGGAUCUGAAUUUGAAGAGAUGUUUGUUGGGGUUGGAGCUCGGCGUGUAAGAUCCUUGUUUCAGGCAGCUAAGAAAAAGGCACCUUGUAUUGUUUUCAUUGAUGAGAUCGAUGCUGUUGGGUCCACGAGGAAACAGUGGGAAGGCCAUACUAAGAAGACAUUACAUCAAUUACUUGUUGAAAUGGAUGGUUUUGAACAGAAUGAGGGAAUAAUAGUGAUGGCCGCGACAAAUUUGCCAGAUAUUCUUGAUCCAGCUUUGACAAGGCCUGGUAGAUUUGACCGUCAUGUAAGUUUCUAAACUCCUUAAAGUGUCCGCUGCCAAGAGAUUUUGGAACUCUACCUCCAAGACAAACCUUUGGCUGACGAUGUUGAUGUUAAAGCUAUUGCCCGUGGGACUCCGGGUUUCAAUGGUGCUGAUCUCGCAAACUUGGUAAAUAUUGCUGCCAUAAAAGCUGCUGUUGAAGGGGCCGAGAAGUUGACUUCUGUGCAGUUGGAAUUCGCCAAAGAUCGGAUAGUUAUGGGUACGGAGAGAAAAACAAUGUUCAUAUCAGAAGAGUCUAAAAAGCUCACGGCAUACCAUGAAAGCGGUCAUGCGAUAGUGGCGUUCAACACGGAAGGAGCGCAUCCGAUACACAAGGCGACAAUAAUGCCACGUGGAUCAGCGUUGGGAAUGGUGACACAGCUUCCAUCAACGGAUGAAACGUCGGUAAGCAAGAAGCAGCUAUUAGCACGUCUUGAUGUUUGUAUGGGAGGAAGAGUGGCAGAGGAGCUCAUCUUCGGUCAGGACCAUGUAACCACUGGAGCUAGCAGCGAUCUCUCCCAGGCCACCGAGCUCGCUCAAUACAUGGUGUCGAGUUGUGGGAUGAGCGAGGCAAUAGGACCAGUUCAUAUCAAAGAAAGACCAAGCUCAGAGAUGCAAUCACGCAUUGAUGCCGAGGUAGUGAAACUCCUUCGAGAAGCAUAUGAUCGCGUCAAAUCUCUGUUGAAAAGGCACGAGAAGCAACUACACAUGCUAGCAAACGCACUUCUGGAGUACGAGACGCUAACCGCGGAGGAAAUCAAGCGUAUUCUGCUCCCGCAGCGUGAAGGGGAAGAAUUUUCGGAGCAACAACAGGAACAAGGAGACUUGGUAUUGGCGUAAGAAGCAAGUGUAGUAGUAGCAGUAGUAAGAAGGGGGGAAAAGGGAGAUAGGAGUGAGUUUUCAUAGAUUUUUUUUUCUUUUCAAAAAGACAAGAUAGAUACCUUGUCCAGUGGUGAAAAGAGGGGCUUCCAUGUCUUAAAAAGUUUGUACAGAGAAAAAAAAAACCUCUCCUCCUCAAAGCCUCUCUUACGAUUAUUAUUAUUAUUCACACACACAAUGCGGUGUUUAAUGUAUUUCCACCUCAUUAUUU